GUUGCGCAGUUGGAAGGGGCGGAGGAGGGAAAUACAUGAAAGUGAUGUAAUUCGUGACUCCCAGAUGGUUACCAUAGCUACUAUCUGGCAUAUUACGCUAUCGGUAGGGUAAGAGCUUGUUUAAAGCAGCUUUCAAUGAAGGGUUUUCGGAGAGGUUGCUCCACAACCUACAGAGUGUAAACAGGCAGAAAAACGUCAGCCUUGGGCCCUCUAGCAGACUCCUUAAACUAAACCCAGUAGGGAAGUAAGUCAUUUCGCUGGUGGGAAACAGACCUUGCCUCCUCCAGGGCCGCCACCGCGAAGGAGGUCCUCCCUUCCCAGAAUUUGAGAGCCCAUUGGUGGGUGGUGUCGUCACUCAGCGUGACGUCACCGGCGAGGAAAGAGGUGGAGCCAUAGACUUGGCCUCGGGCCCUUCUAGCUUGGGGAUGGGGGUGCAGAUCGGGAAGGGACUGGAGGACUGAGGCAGCCGUUCCGGGGAGCCGACCAGAGGUCCCUGUGUUGGCUAGUUGAAACAAAUAUAAAUAUGGCCUUCUACAAUUAUACUACAUUCUUAGCUAUUGCCCGAACAAGCUAUUGAGGACUUGUGCUGACUUCUUCCGCCUGGUUCCAUUUCUGGUGUUCAUAAUUGUACCCUUCAUGGAAUUCUUAUUACCAGUGUUUCUGAAACUCUUCCCAGAGAUGUUGCCAUCAACUUUUGAAAGUGAAUCCAAAAAGGAAGAAAAACAGAAAAAGAAAAUGGCUGCAAAGUUGGAACUGGCAAAAUUUCUUCAAGAAACGAUUACAGAAAUGGCAAGGAGGAACAGGGCCAACCUGGGAGAUGCCUCUACCCAGUUUUCAUCCUAUGUCAAACAGGUCCAGACAGGCCACAAGCCCAGCACAAAGGAGAUAGUUCGCUUUUCCAAACUAUUUGAGGAUCAGCUUACCCUGGAGCACUUAGAUCGACCUCAGCUGGUUGCCCUUUGCAAACUGCUGGAAUUGCAGUCCUUUGGAACCAACAAUUUGCUCCGCUUUCAGCUCCUGAUGAGACUGAAGUCUAUAAAAGCAGAUGAUGAAAUAAUCGCCAAAGAAGGGGUUAAUGCUUUGAGUGUGUCAGAGCUACAAGCUGCCUGUAGGGCCCGAGGGAUGAGAUCACUGGGUCUCACUGAGGAACAACUGAGACAACAGCUCACAGAGUGGCAGGACCUCCACCUGAAGGAGAAUGUCCCUCCUUCUCUUUUGCUCCUGUCACGAACCUUCUACCUGAUAGACAUGAAGCCAAAGCCAAUUGAGAUCCCACUAAGUGGGGAGGCUCCGAAGACAGAUAUUCCUAUGGAAUCACCUACUUCCCCUGAAUCUAAAGAGAACAUGGUGGAUUUAGCACCUCAGCUGAAGGGUACUAAGGAUGAAAAAUGUAUGCAACUGCCAUCAAUUACAUCAUCACCCACACCACCAUCAAUACCUAUUUCAUUACCUAAAGGAUCCAUCACUUCUGCUAAAGAAGCUACACUCCAGGCCAAGUCACAGGAGACAACCCAAAACAACAAGGCUAGUUCGAAAGGAGCAUAAGGACUACUGGAGGAUGAAGUUCUUUCUCUCCAGCUUCCUGCCUUCGGCAGUGACAUCCAUAAAGGGCCUCCCAGUUAAGACUAUCUGUGUCUGGUUUGAGUAGAGGAUCAACCAUUUAGUCCUUGGGGCAGUCCUUUGAGGCCUUAUAACUAUUCCAGAUGAUGUCAGCAGUGAGACCAAGUUCAGACCAUUUAGAAAAAUAUAACUGCAAAGCCCAUUUCCUCUGUACCAUUAUGUCAUCCCACUUAACUUUGUGUAAAGUGCCCCCCCCCAUACUGUUUUUAACACCUUCAUGUUUGUGCCCACAUCCUUUAAGGGAGGAAACUUUUUCCAUAAUGGAACCAACUUAGUGCCUUAGAUACCUCUGUCUCCUAUGGCUUGGUAACCUGAGUAAGAACUUGGAAACUCCAAAAACGAUUUUAAGAGCACCUGACCAACUUUUUCAGAUUGACUGAUCCAUCAGGAGGAAUAGUUACCCUGAAAACAAAUUACCUUAUGAGAUGGAAUGGAUAUACUCCCCAGUAAGAUCUUUCUGGAUAUAAAGAAAAAAGCUUCUUGGAGAAUAAAAUGGGGAGUUAAACAGACUGGCAAUCAAAAAGGUUUGACUGCUGCUUGGCUGUUUGGAGACAUCCCCCUCUGGGCCUGCAGGAACCUGGAAGGUGGCCACGAUUCUAGCACAUAUGGCUUUCAUUAGCCACCAUUUUGCUAGGAAACAUAAUUAAGGGUUUAAGACUUAACCAUUUGUUUGGGCUGGGUGUGUUUUUCUGGUAUGUUUGUCUUUCACAAACAAGACUAUUUGUUAGUCAUAGGGAUUGUUCAAGUCUGAUAUAAUCCCCAUGCUACCCAACAACAAAUAUUACCUUCUGAUAUUUAUUUUCAGUGUUUUCAGUAUCGUCCAUACUGAAAAAACAAUAUAAUAGAUUGUCAUGCAGCUGACCAACAGCUUUCUUCCCUUGGGGAGCGCUUAGCAGGGAAUAGGUAUCUUGGCCUGUGGGUGACGAAAUUAUUGGGUUGUCGGAAAAGUCAUGACAUGUUUUCUGUUUUUCGUUGCAAAAAUGCGUCAUGACUUUUCCGACAACCCAAUAGAUUUCCUUACUUUCUAUGAAAUUGAAAGCACUUAGAUAGGAAUCAAUUAAACCAAGUAAAACUCAAAUCUCCUUGUCUGGAAUCACCUAAAUGAGGACUGUCAUCAGCAUUUCAUAGCAAGGAUAUGUGCUUUUACGAGCUUCCUAAACCUCCUCUCCAACAGAGGACAAGCCCCACCACGUCCUGCUAAUGAACUCCAGUUCCUUGAGAACGAUGAAUCCCUCCUAUGCAGCAUUUCAUGGGUCUCGUCAUUGGCUGAGCAAGGUGAUUCACAAUAAAUUUCCCCACUUUUAAAAUGAUAGCUGUUUAAUUAGUUCACAUUUCAAGUGUUGACUGUGGGAAAGGGAUUAGCUACUUAACUUGUUCAAUCCUGUUGACGCUGAAUGAUGCACAGGUACUGUUGGGCUACAAUUCUUUCUGGCUUUCCCUGUGAGCAGAGUAGGAACGGUUAGGUCAAGGGGCCCCUGGCCACUUUUGACCCCAGUUGGCCUUCACCCGUUUUUGCUUCAUAAACAGGCAUCAGAGACACUUGAUACCACCUCUCUUCCCAUUCUUAGAUAGUUCAGAGAAGUCAAGGUUGCUUCUUUGUUCUCAUCACUUACAGCACUUGGCUGUGGGGUUCCAUGAUUGUUACAUUUAGCUCCAUGUUGAAACUGAGCUAUUGGUGUUCUGGUAAAUUAACAACCAACUUUGGGGGGGAGGGAGGGGCUGAUCUGUAGCAUUUGCAGAUUCCAGUGAUGUAAAUACUCCCACAUGGCUGACUUCAAGCUACCAACAGGCCACUGAACAACAGAGUUGGGAAGAGAUGUAUGCAGUUGGCUCAAGAACCAGCCCCAGUACAUCACCAACCCUAGUCCCUACUGGAGUAACAAGACAAUUAAAUCUCUAGUUGUUGUGUCCAUUAAAUGUAUAACUUGUAAGUACCGGCACAAAUAUCUUGAAGGCAGUACAAUAUAAGGACUGCUAGCCAACCUAGAGAGAACUUGCCCAAGGCUGAGUCUUCCCCACCAUUUGGGUUCUUGCUGACCUUCUCUCUCCCUGGCUCGCAGCUGAAGGAAUAGAAGACCAUGCCCAGUUGCUACACAGCUUUCUCCUUUCCCUGUUCUCUCCUCGUCCUUCCAGAUGCAUGUGCCUUAGCUGUACCAGCUGCUAAUAAUCUGAGUAUAAUUUUAGGCGUUUUUUAAAACCCAACCUCACUGGUGAUGUCAGACUUGGCCUAUAUCUUAGACAUUGAAAAUUCUGCUACAAUAGAGAGGUGCUGGUGGCACUUGGCAUUCAUGGACCUGCACUUGUGCUGUGUCUAAUUCUGAAGUUUAGUCAUUACAAUAUGAGUCACAUUGAUGAUGUCGAAUACAUGUUCUGUAAUGCUAAAAACCAGGCUAAAAGAUCUGCCAGUCACCACAGUACACACCUACUAAUGGAACUUCCAAGCAGACUGACACAUUACCUAAUGUACUGAGAUUUUGGCCUGCUGGCUCCUCCCAGUGGCCGCUGAUAAACACAGUGACUUCACUGUCAUUGAGAUAGAUUUCUUGCUUCAUGUGAGGUUCAAUCUUACUUACCUGAGAUCAAUACAUUACAUUAGCGGUACCAAGGGACUGAUGAUCCCUAGCCUAUCACAAUUAGAAAAGGCAGAAAGGCAGUUAUUGAUUAAUGCUGUGGUGAUCCCAGGCCCUAAUCUUUUAACCCUCAGGAAACCAGAUUCAGUGCUGUGACAGCACGUCGUCUUCAUUAGAUAAACUGGAUUCCUUUCCUCAGGAGACCCAAUCUGGUCAUCUAAGUAAAACGGUCAUUUCAUUUUCUCUCAGGUCAAUUUCACUAUCUUUUAUUAGACAGGCAGCUUAGUCUCUGGGGACAUUCGUGGAUGAUUUGAGUGGUAACAGCGAAGACAUCACUGUUGUAAUAGUGCCUUAUAUUUAUCCAGCACCUCUCCCGAAGGCAUAUAAAACUCUUUAUAGAUUCAAGGGCCAAGGCAGAAAUUAUCAUCACUAUUUUACAAGGAAAGACACCACUAUAAGGUCCCACCCCAACUUUACCCAGGAAAGCUGUCAGGUGCCACAGCUUCUUGGAGGUGAGAUACUCCAUGCCUCGGGCCACCUGAUUGGCGCAGGAAACCAGGUCCUUGGAGGAGAGCAGCUCCUCUGGGCUGUGGCUGGGGUUGUAACAGUAUUCCAGACCAGGAGGCCUCCGGGCCUGCAAGUACUCCCGUAGGUUGCCCUUGGAAGCAUACUCCUCGAUGACGUGCAAAGGACCUAGUACUAAGAGCUAAAAUUCACUUCCUGGCUCUGUUCACCAAAUAAUGCCUUCGUUAAUAAACAGAAACUGUAAUAUGUUGACAUUUGUAUAUUUACAGACACAAGGAUACGAGAACUAAUUUACAAUAGUGGCCAACAUUGCAGCUGCCAAAAAAUAGCUAGCUCAGAAAGGAAACUUAAAAGCAGCAAUUCCAUUUUCCCUACAGAAAUGAAAGUGGAUUGAACUUUCUUUUGUUCAGCAGUAACCCAGCAAAAAAAGCAAGCUUUCCAUUAUAGAGGCUGAGCACUGCGUUCUAAGGAGCCAGGACGCACCUGGUGAGCGCAGGGAUAACCAGCAGGUGGCAGAGGAAGUAAAUUUCCAAGCAGCCAAAAAACAAACAUUCAGAGAAUUUUUCCCCUUUCCUGAGGGAUGGGGUGGAGUUUGUACAAGAACUAUAGGAGGCCAAGAUCUGUGAUAAUCCCAACACAUGCAGCCUGGUCACAUGGAUACAGGAAGCCUGGUGUGGGGGAGGACCAUGAACACAGAGCAGGCUGGGAAACAUGAAGCAGCGGACCUACCUGAAUGUAAAACUAGUCGUAGGUGACACGUUUGCCCUCACACAGCAGCACAGGCAAAACCACACCCACACAGAGGGGGUAGGCACACAUCUGGGUUUGAGUUCCUGCAGGCCCUUGUUGAAUAAUCCUGAGCUUUCCUCCACCUCUCUAGCUCCCCUUGGCUAUUCCGAGGUAGGUUCCCACCUCCCUCUCUGACCCUCUGACCUACCCAACCUCACCAGUUUCCCCUGAGGAAACAAUCAACAACCGGUUGAGAGCUGCAGAGCCUUGGCUCUUGGCCCAGGGCCUCUGGUGCACUGACAGGAGGUUCCUGCCCAUUACACAGACGUCGUCGUCUCCUGCUUUUCCAAAAGCAUUGGAGAGGUAAGAGGUUUGUCCUGAGGUCUCGGUGCAGGACCCAAGAGGAAGAGGUUAGGAUAAAACUGCUGGGAACGCGCAGUACCCUCUGGACAGACAGACCUAGGGUCCGUUAAGUCUUGUUCCUUUCCAGCUGACAUUCUCUCCCUUGUCACACAACCCAUAUAAAAAUGAAGCAGCAGCAAUUUUUAUUUGAGGGACCUAAACUGAAAAUAGGUUUAGAACAUAAUUUAAAAAAAUAAAACAGCAAAAGUAGCAAAAAAUAUAUGACCUUUUAAAAAACAUUUUCCUUUUUUUCUUUUUUCUUUGUUUUUAAUAUAUAGCAACUGAUGCCUCCCAGCCACCAGGAGCAUCUUACCCAAUGGGUAAAUCUCUGGUAACGACCCUUUUAAAAAGACAUGUAAAUAUAUACUCAGAUUUAUACACUUUGUGUUUUCUUCAUAGCUAUGUACAAAGUCCCCAGUUUGGGGCCGGGCCCCAGGGCCACAACACUGCUCCUAGCCUCCGCCUCCCCGUCCUCUGGCACCAGGUAUUUGGUCAGCAAAGCAAAU